GGUAAAUUAUGAAAAUUGUGAGAGCUGUUAAGUAAAAAAUUAGAUCAUUUACCAUUGUACGUUAAAUAGUUGUUUGGGUAUUAGGAAAUUUAAGUGUAUCUUUUUCUUAGAACGUUAUUAGAGAACUAUUUUCGUUUAUGUUUUGCUAUUCAUUCGGUCGUUUAUAAUAAUAUUUUAACACGGUCGCAAUAAAAUAACAUGUGUUAACGAUUAACAUUGCUCGUUUCCAAAAACUUUAGAUAAUAUGUUACGUCGCUGUAUGAAAAUCAUACACCGGCCUGGCCGUUUCUACACUACCAGAAAUGUGCUUAAGUUACACGAACGAGGUAUGCUCCAGAGCAUAUUUCCAGAAAACUCGAGCAACGAAGUCAUUGAUAUAUUGACGAGAAAGAAUCAAUGCGCUUACGCCGGAUUCGAUCCGACCGCCGACAGUUUACACAUAGGAAACUUGUUGGUCAUUAUGAAUUUACUGCAUUGGCAACGUGCAAAUCAUCAAGUCAUCGCUCUAAUCGGAGGCGCUACAGCUCAAAUCGGCGACCCCAGUGGCAAAUCUAAGGAACGAGACAAACAGUCUUCUCAGGCGUUAUUGAAAAACAUUGAGGGUAUAACAAAGAAUCUAGAAUCUGUGUUCAACAAUCAUUCCAAAUACUUUUGGCAUAAAAAACAAUCGCUACCUGAGCCAAUUAUUGUUAAUAACAUGUCGUGGUAUAAAGAAAUCGGCGUUAUCGAUUUCAUGAAUAAUAUCGGCCGCAAAUUCAGAAUGGGUACAAUGUUGUCGAGAGAAAGCGUCAAAACACGUUUAGCUAGUAACGGAAUGAGUUUUACAGAAUUUACAUACCAAGCAUUUCAAGCUUACGAUUGGUUGUAUUUGUUCAAAAAAUACAAUUGUCACUUCCAAAUUGGAGGAAAUGAUCAAAUGGGAAAUAUCAUGUCAGGCCAAGAAUUAAUCAGCCGAGUCGAAAACGGCAAAGUUUAUGGAAUAACUGUACCGUUAAUAACCACCGAUUCUGGGGAUAAGUAUGGUAAAUCGGCUCAAAACGCAGUAUGGCUAAAUGCAGACAAAACUUCUCCAUUUGAAUUCUAUCAGUUUCUAAUUCGCACUUCCGACGCUGAUAUAGAAAAACUAUUGAAACUGUUUACUUUCCUUACGCUGUCUGAAAUCGCCGAACUAAUGAAAAAACAUCAAACUGAACCUCAAAAAAGGAUUCCUCAUGAAAAAUUAGCACGAAUCGUCACUACGUUAGUACACGGAGAAGCCGGUCUUGAAGAGGCGUUGAUGGCUACAUCCGUUUUGUACGACAAUAACGUCGAAAAUCUUGGUAAAAUAAAACCGGAUGAUAUUUCAAAGAUUUUCAGUGGCGCAGUAGUCGUUGAAUUAUACCUCGAACCUGGUAUUACCGUUUUACAAUUGGCCAUGAAAGCUAAAUGUUUUUUGACUGAAAAGGACGCUUAUCGGAUAAUACCCGCUGGCGGUUUCUACAUAAACCAUCAGCGAAUUACCAAUAUAAAUGAAGCCGUUACCAUGUCUGUGCAUAUUUUGCCUAAUCAAAUUUCCCUUAUUAGAGUUGGAAAACGCAACUAUUGGAUAAUCAAAUGGAUAAUGUGAAUAAAUCUAGUACAACAUUUAAUGUUAUAAGGAAAAAAAUAAAUUUGACAUUCGUAAGAAAAAAGAAACAUUCAUUGUUGAUUUAUUUUUAGUUCUUUAUUAUAAAUAAAUAUUAUUAGUCAUUAGAACUUGUGCGGUAUUGACUAAUUAUAAGUCAAUAAUUAAUCAGCUUGUAAAUAAAAAAAACAUUUUUAGCUACCUUAAA